AUGAAGCCCUCAACCCUCCUCCCGCUAACAGCAACCCUCGCCGCGGCAGUCGACAUGGCGCCCUACAAACCCUCCGCCGGCGUCGACGUCGCCUUCGCCGACUUCGUCUCAGAAUACUACCGCACCUCGGAAGACAAAGCCGCCACCACAACCUUUACCAACUUCUGGCCCGCCGACGGCAAGAUGAUCCUCGCGGGGCGGACUUUUACGGGCGCCACGGCCAUGCUGAGCGUAAAGCAGUCGCUGCUCCCGCCGAACGGGAACAAGUCGUGGUGGCAUCUGAUCCGGGGGGCGACGGUGGGCGGAGAGACGGAGACGGAUAAGACGUUUGUGGCGGAGAUUGUGGUGCAGACUACUGGGAGCGCGGCGUUUACGGUCCUCAAGGACGCUCAGGGUACGCCGAGGUUGGAGCCUCAUUCGGAGAGCUUGAGUGUGUAUGGCCUCACGGUCUCGACAACGGAUUCGCCCACGGAUAUUCCGUGCAGCAGUUCGUAA